AUGGCUGCGACUGCUGGAAAGACCAUCACUUGCAAGGCUGCAAUUGCCUGGGCGGCCGAACAGCCGCUCUCGGUAGAGGACGUGGAAGUCGCCGCACCCAGGGCCCAUGAAGUGCGCAUCAAAGUCCUCCACACGGGUGUUUGUCAUACCGACGCAUACACCCUCUCCGGUAAGGAUCCCGAAGGCGCGUUUCCUGUGGUGCUCGGCCACGAAGGCGCCGGCAUUGUCGAAUCCGUCGGUCCAGAUGUGACCAAUGUUGAAGUGGGCGACCACGUCAUCGCGCUGUACACCCCGGAAUGUAAACAGUGCAAGUUCUGCAAAUCCGGCAAAACCAACCUCUGCGGACAGAUCCGCGCCACGCAAGGUCGCGGCGUGAUGCCCGACGGGACGUCUCGGUUCCGGGCCCGCGGCAAAGAUCUCCUCCAUUUCAUGGGCUGCUCGACCUUCUCGCAGUAUACCGUUGUCGCUGAUAUUUCGGUGGUCGCGUACACGCCUGCCUGUCCCACCGACCGCGCAUGUCUUCUCGGAUGCGGGAUCACGACGGGAUACGGCGCUGCGACGGUGACGGCGAAGGUGGAGGAGGGGUCGAGUGUCGCGGUAUUCGGGGCCGGAUGCGUGGGCCUGUCUGUGAUUCAGGGCGCGGUGAAGAAUAAAGCGGGCAUGAUCAUCGCGGUGGAUUUGAAUGACGACAAGGCGCCGUGGGUGUAUAAGUUCGGGGCGACGCAUUUCGUGAAUCCCACGAAAUUGGGCCGCAAGAAUAUCACCGAGAAGUUGAUUGAUAUGACGGAUGGGGGAUGCGAUUAUACGUUUGACUGCACUGGCAAUGUCAGUGUCAUGCGGGCGGCGCUGGAAGCGUGCCACAAGGGCUGGGGCGAGAGUAUUGUCAUCGGGGUUGCGGCGGCGGGUCAGGAGAUUAGCACUCGACCCUUCCAGCUAGUGACUGGUCGCCAAUGGAAAGGAUGCGCAUUCGGGGGCGUGAAAGGACGGACACAACUACCGGGACUGGUGGCGGACUAUCUGAACGGGGAUCUGAAGGUGGACGAGUUCAUCACCCACCGCGAGACCCUCAGCAACAUCAACACGGCAUUCGAGCAGAUGAAGCAGGGGGAUUGCGUGCGGUGCGUGGUGGAUACUACGUUGUAA